CCGAAUAUUAAAUGUGACAGGUUUGGUUGACCCGCACAUCUGGCUUUCGUUCGCGACGGACAGAGCGAUGGCCGGCAUGGAUGCGUCCGCCGUGGGCGACACGUUUACAAUGGACAACCUCUUCCACAUCGGGCUGCAGCUCCCUGUGUACAGCAGUCUCCUCUCGUUCGUGUACGUGAUCGCGUUCGUGGUCCUGAUCAAGACGCUCUUGACGCAGCUCGAGGUGAAAGCUGCACCUCAUCCAAAGUACUUCAAGCUCGUCACUCAAAUGUACCGCGAGCUCGUUGUGGGUGGGCUGAUCAACUUUCUCAGCAAGAGGUUGAUGGAGUUUGGCCUGUUCGAACGGGACAGUCCCAAGUACACGGCGUGGGAAGCGACGGACGACAUGAUUCUCUUCUUCGCCAUCUCGCUCACGAUUCAAUCGAUCAUCAUGUUCCUUCGUCUUCGCGCGCGCAAUGUCCAGCUCGACGAGUUGUCCCUCCUCACCCCGUCCGAGCUCUAUGCCAAGGCGACUGAAAACGGCACGUCCACCAAAAUCGCCAAGCCGUACGUGUCGGCGACCAAGAUGUUUAUCCUGCGCGAUUUCUUCCUUCGGCAGUAUCAACUCCCUCGACUCUUUCUCUUCGCCAAGUACCUCCGCGCCGUCCAGGACACCGAGAUCAUCCAGCUGUACGAAGUCGAAAAGUCGACCUGGGUCCUCCUCGUGCUUGUCCAAGGGCUGUACUACAUGCUGAGCGACUACAGUCUCGCUUCGUAUCGCGACCAACUGGCUGACCCGACCAUUCACCUCGCGAUCCACAAGAACCGCUUGCUCGUGCUCUUCAUGCUCAUCGCAGCGCUCACCGCCAUGAUGCUUUUCUUGUACGCGUACUUGAAAAAGUGCGUGACCAUCAUGGUCGUUCAUGCCGGCGGCGACGAAGCGCAGCUCGUGUCGGCGCUCAAGCACAUUGCAGACUCGACGGAAACGGCGCCGCACGAAACAACCGAGACAACGCUCCUCCAGCUCUUUGAACGCACAGAACACCUCCCGGAAUACGAAACCGAGUCGAGCUUUGCCGCGCUGUGCGCGACGAUUUUCCGCAAGAUCACGGGAUCCAAAUGGGGUCGCAAACACCCAACGCCGCACCUCGCGUGCGACCUGGACCUCCCCCUCUUUAGCCGCAAAGCCGUCCACGUCCUCGCCAAGUUUUGCUUGACCCUGAACGCGUUCUACUUUGGCUUCCUCUUCCAAGCGUUCAUGGUCCUCGUGCGCAAGGUCCAUGCCUGGUCCCUCGGUCUCAUCGUGGGCCAGCUCGCGCUUCUCCUCGUCAACAUGACCCUGCUCAGCCCCCGCAUCAUUCGGCAGUUCGCCCUCAUCAAUGGCAUCGUCCGCGUGUGCCCUGGCGAACUCAAGCAAGUUCUCGAGCACUUUACCGACGUGCUCGAACAACAGCGCCGGAUGGUCCGCGCGAUCCAUCACCACUGCCACACGACGGGCGUGUCGCUCCGCCACAUGCUGGCCGAUCUGCAAGAGGCGGACCCGACCAAGUCCCGGUACGUCGAGCGCGACGUCCUCCGACACACGAUCGCUGCGUACGGAUUCAAAUUCUCCAAGCUCAAAUUCAACACGUUUGUGCGGCUCCAGUUCAAGACCCAAGGCACGCAAGUGCGGUACGACUUGUUUUACAAGGUCCUGGAACAUGAAGCCGCGGCGUUGUCCAUCGAAGAGGCGACGAUCCAUCGGGCCAUGGUCCGGCCACCUCACCACUUGCAUCCUCCCAAAGCAGGCGACGACAAAGCCGCCACGAACGACGCCGCACAGAGCACGACGCCGCCCGCAAAUACACAAGAACCUGCCCACGACCACCAAGCCAAGUCGCCACCGAUCUCGCACUUCGUGUAAUGCCAUCAUAAGGCUCGUUCGAAUUGUACGUUGUCAUGUACCAUAUCGAAAGGAAUCACAGUUCAAGCAGU